AUGUCUUCGGCUGAAGGCGCAGCCGAACAACCAGCCCAUGAACAGGUAUGGAUGCUAAUCAACGCUUUCAGGGAUUAUUAGGUGCCGACAUAAAGAACCCGCCAUAGUUUUCCCGUAAUUUCCUGUAAAAAAUGGCGGGUUCUUUAUGCCGGCACUUAAUACAUGGUUAUAGCCUCAAGUCUUGAGCUGUGUAGAUAUUUUAAUCUAAAGCUCUUGUGUAGCCACAAACAUAAAAACUGUAGCGAGGCGUGGGUCGUGAUGAGUAGCAUCUGAAAAUUUUAAAAUUAUAAACGUUUUGAAAAAAAAAUUAAAAAAGGUCUUUAGUUUACUGAGCCUAAGUCUACUAAGCCUAAGCCUACUAAACCUAAGCCUACUAAGCCUAAGCCUACUAAGCCUAAGCCUACUAAGCUUAAGCCUACCAAGUUUAAGUCGACUAAACCUGAGUCUACUAAGACUAAGUCUACUAAGCCUAAGCCUGCUAAGCCAAAGCCUACUAAGCUUAAGCCUACUAAACCUAAGCCUAUUAAGCCUAAGUUUACUAAGCCUAAGCCUACUAAGCCUAAGCCUAUUAAACCUAAGCUUACUAAGAAUAAGCCUAUUAAGCCUACUAAGUCUAAGUCUACUAAGCCUAACAAGCUUAGGCUUACUAUUAUUAAGCCCGUUAGCCUUGUAUUUAUAAAAGUAGGGUAUGGUAGGGUAAGGUAGGAUAAUUUCAAAAUCGCUCCCUCCCCUCUUUUUUCUAUUUUCAACCCAAAAACUAAAAGGAAAGUCAAGUUCCUUUCCGAACGGCAGCUCAUCGCAGAAUGACCAUUAAAAUUUAAUUUUUUUUGUUUAUGUUUACUUCCUCCCCCCUCUCGACCGACCCAUUGCACUCUAUAACAUUUUGCGGGGAAAAACACACAUUCCUUGUCCCCCCUGUUGUGUAUCUCUACGUCAAUUCGUGUUUCGUUGGAGAGUCUUGUGUUCUUUGACCCGGGCUAUUUAUAACCCGUUCGCUUUGUUUUGUCCAUGCUCUUUCAAGGUUCAAAGACGAGCGGAGAAAGGGCUUUAUGAAUUGAACUCUCUUUCACCUCCUUUCAAUUCUUUAAAACUUAAAAGAUAAUGUUAGGACUAAGCCCAAGGCUACUAAUUGUAAUGCUAACAGUAAGCCUACUAAGUUGCAGUCUUCUAAGGUUAGGCCUUUUAAACCUGGGUCUUUUAAGAAUAAGCCUAUUAAUUUAAAGCUUACUGAGCUUAAGCUUAAUUUUUCUUUAAACAUCGACCUUUUAAGCCUAGCUUAAGCCUACUAAACUUCAGUUUACUAAGUUUAAGCCUGCUAAGCACGAGCUUGUCAAGUCUAAACCUACUGUCUAAGGUCUCCAUUUGUAAGCCUGCUAAGCUUAAGCCUAAUUUUUCUUUCCUUCUGAGCCUAGAUUAAGCCCACAAAGUCUAAGCCUACUAAGUUUAAGCCUGCUGAGCCUCAUCUUGCCAAGUUUAAGCCUAAUAAGUUUAAGAAAUCUAUUUGUUCUAGGCUACUGAGCGUUAAUCUACUAAGCCUGAGUUUACUAAGCCUAAGAUUACAAAGUUUGAGCUUACGAAGCCUAAGGCUACUAAGCCUAAGCCUACUAAGCAUAAGAUUACUAAGCCUAAGCGUGCUAAGCUUGAUAAGCAUAAGCCUAAGAUUACUAAAGAUAAGCCUAACUAAGAGUAAGCCUUCUAAGCCUAAGCCUUUCAAUCUGAAAGAUUAAAAACCAUUUUUUCAAUGUUUUUUUCGCGCAAUUUGAACGCGAAAUUGGUUUGAAAUUUCUCGUUUUCGGAGCGCUAAUCUUGUUUUUGCGUGUAAAACCCGAAUUCCUCAGGGUAGAAUUUUGCUCUGUUUUUCGAAACAAAAAUCUCAUUUUCCCGAUGUCUCAUUUCCGUUCGAGAGCGGGGGAAAUGACGUUAUAUCCAUUCGUACUUAACCAACUUUUUUUCGUUUUGAGCCCUAAGGGAUUUUAAGGCAGUUUUGAAACUUUGAAGUUUUAAGGGUUUUGGAAGGGAGGGGUGGAGGGUAAUUUUAAAGUUUUUAGGGCGUUUUAAGAGAUGUCUUGUGCGUAUAACCUAAGAUUUUUUCAAAUUUUUAAAAAUUUUUUGAAAAAUUUUAAAAUAAAAAACUUUGAUAAUUCUAAAAAAAAUUUUCCCGCCAAAACAUUAAUAUUAUUAUGACUUUUUAUUGCUGAUAAAAAUGUUUUUUUUUCAUUUUUCUUUUCGAAAAACACCUGUUACAGGUCUUAUGAUUGAAGAACGGAACUCUAUCGCAAUUAAAAAACGAUCAAAUGACUUGGUUGUGAUAAGAAAUAAAAAGUUGGGGGAAAGUGGGAAAAGGAAGGAAGAGAUAUAAGGAAGGAGCGAGAUAUUAAUAGAGAACUGAAGGACUAAAAGACCAGCUUUAGUUUUAAAAGACGAAGAUUCAGGCUUAAAAGAUAAGUUCUAAAUUUUAAAAAAUACUUUUGGGGACGACAAACUGGCUUUAAACUUAAAAGUGAAAGUUUAGGCUUAAAAAUUACUCUAAGACAUACUAAGUGAAUUUAGGACUUAAAAAUCAAUUUUUAGGCUUAAAACGACUUUUAUGCUUAAAAACAAAAUUUAGCCUUAACAAGUAAGUUUUGAGAUUAAAAACAAAUUUUAGGCUUAGAAAACAACUUAUAGGCUUAAAAAUUAACUUUUAAAUUUAAAAGCCAAGUUUUAGGCUUACAAAACAACCUUUAAGCUUAAAAAGAGCUCUUAGGUACAAAUAUAAAUUUUUAGGCUUACAAAGCAACUUCUAGGCUUACUAAUCGACUUUUAUGCUUAAAAACAACUUCUAGGCUAAAGAACAACUUUUAGGUUUAAACAAUAACUUUUGGACUCACAACUCCUAGCAUGACUUUCGAAUUUAUAAAAUAUUUAUAAGCUUCUGCAAGCCAUCCUUAUCUUUUCCCUUUUUCAUUAUAUUAUAGUAGUUGUCCUUGAAAUAAGCCCUCUCUCUUAUGCUCAUGCCUCUGUUCUUUGCUCUCGUUCUUUGAUCGAAUGAAAAACAAUUUGAAUUUGGAGCAUGAAAGAGACGAUUAGAGAUGACAUAAGUAAACAAACAGCUUAUAAAUUACAACAAAGUUCACAUCAGCUCACGGUGACGUCAGGGGUUUGGAGCUCGGUUUUUGAAAUAUAAACAAAAAAGAGAGGAGGGGGAGGAAGCUGAAGUACAAUUUUGCUUUAGGUAAACCUAGAGGUAAGAAAGAGGGAGGGGGGGGAUGUUAGGGAAGUACAAUAACGUUUCAAGGAGAUACGGUAGAUGGGGGGGGGGGGGGGGAGGAUUAAGUAGGGUAUGAUAAGGUAGGGUAGAGUACGAUAAGGCAAGAGUAGGGAAAGGCUAGGACAAGGCUAGAGCAAGGCUAAGACAAGAGAGAUAAGAAAGGGGGGGGGGGGGGUAGAGUAAAGUAUGAUAGGGUAGGGUACGGCAAGGCAAGGCAAGGCAAGGCAAGGCAAGGCAAGGCAAGGCAAGGCAAGGCAAGGCAAGGCAAGGCAAGGCAAGGCAAGGCAAGGCAAGGCAAGGCAAGGCAAGGCAAGGCAAGGCAAGGCAAGGCAAGGCAAGGCAAGGCAAGGCAAGGCAAACAUAGGGUAGAAAAACCCCUCAAAAUUCUUAAAAUUUCCCAAAAACCGACGUCACAUUUGCUCGCCCAGCUGUCCCCUGCUUCCGUUGGGAGCACGUGACAGCUCGCGAUCUCAUUAUCGGAAGGCGGGUCAAUUCUAUUAAUAGUCGGGGCUCGCUCUCAAUGAAAUUCCCACAAACAAAUGACGUCAAGGGGGGGGGAGAGAAGGAGCUCGGAAUGAACUCUUUCAAGCAAUUUGCAAAAAACGUGUUUUCCUGAAUUUUGUUUCAAAUUUUGCCCUUAGGGUUUCAAAGGAAUUAUUUUGGGUUAAGGGCUUGGGUUGAAUAGGGGGGGGGGGAUGGGUGGAGAUGGAGGUUUGUUAUAGUAAAGAGUGGAGUAAGGGAAAAAUUGGAGGUAGAUCAAUGAAGAAGGAGGAGUAGAUCAACGGGUAGAUUAACGAAAGGUGGGGGUAGAUCAAAGAUUACAAAGUUCCACGUUUUAGGCUAGUUUAAGAGCCGACUUAGGCUUAAAAACUUUUGAAAUUUUAGAUUUAGGCUUACUACUUAAUUUGCUUUACUAUUUUUCUUGAAAAAAUUCAAAAAUUUUAGGCUUAGCUUCUAGUUCUCUUAUUUUAAGCCUACCAACCUAAAUAUUACCUUUUUAGCCAUGUUUUUGCUAAAAAAACAAAAAACUAAUUUUCAAACGAAGCCAGAACGGUCAAAAGCAAGAGCUUAUGUCUUCUCAAGGUCAUUUUGAUCAACUGUCUCUCUCUUAGCUUUAAAUUUAAAAAAACUGUCUUUAAGUGACCAAACAACAAUAUCUUUUCAUAAAAAAAACUUUUUUGUUCCCGUCUUUGACAAACAAAUAAAAAUGAGCUUGAAACCCACGCCCCAUCUCAACAACAAUAUCAACAAGAGCCGAGGGUAAAUAGAGCCGCCUCUGUAAUUGAUAUCCUGCCUCAAGGGCUUUAAUUUCAAAAAAUAAAAUUUUUAAAAUUUAAAAAAAAAUUUAAAAAAUAAAAUUUUUUUUUCGAAAAAUGUCAUUUUUAAUCCAUCGUAACACCCUUUUUCUAAUUUUCAAGCUAAAACUACGUUGUAAAACCAAUUUGAUCACUCUUCGGAUAAAAAAGCCCGCGCAGUUGUUGAUUCAGCUGCGCCCAAAUUUAGAGAUUUCUUUUUUUUCCUUUUGGCCAAAUUUGGUAAAAUAAACUUUAUUUUUGGAAUUAAAAAUGCACUUUUAUUGAAUUCUAAGCAGUUUUUUUAAUUUCUACUUUAAAUAUUCUCUUUUGUUACCUAUAAAUAUUGUUUUUGAAGGAUUUUAAAGUUUUAUUGCCUCAAGGACUUAUUUUUGAUAAUAAAAUGGUUUUAAUGGUCUUUUAAAGAUUUUGUUACCUAAAGUUUAAUUUUUUUUAUUUUUAAAAAUUUGUUACUUAAAAUAUUGUGCUAGCCGGAUUUUAAAAGUUUUUAUGUCUCAAGGGCUUAAUUUUGAUGAAGAUUUUGUUACCUAAAAUUUUAAUUUUGUUAUAAUUUGUUACCUAAAAUUUGAUUUUUUAAUAAUUUGUUAUCUAAAAUUUAUAAUUUUUAAAAUAUUGUUACCUAAACUUAAUUUUUAAAAAUUGCAGCGGCUGGAACAACCACAACAACAUCAGCAACAAGCGACACUGCAGAUCGCCGCCGGUGCCGCUCCAGCUGCGCCCGGCACACCGCAGAACGUGCAACACUCGCCGGGCCAACGGCGGCCGCCAAUGCAAUGGCCGCCCAAAAGCGACGCCGGGGAUCAGCCCCAAAUGCCGCCCUACCUACCUCCCGGCUACCCGCCCCAGGCUUACUGGCCACCACAGGCGCGGUUCAUGUAUCCGGAAGGGCAACAACCGCCACAGCAACCAGGCUUCCCCGGCCAUCCGUAUUAUCUACAGGUAGGGGUUUAGUUCAUAUUUACUCUGUAAAGAAAGUUCUUGCCAUUUUUUGUUUUGUAAAGAAAUUUCUUGCCAUAUUAUUGUUUGUAAAGAAAGUUUUUGCCCUAAACUAACUUAAAGUAAUAUAUUUUUCAAUGUUCAGGUACCUCAACAACAAUUCCUUUCAAACCAACAACACCCCCAAACGUCGACUGCUGAUGAAGGUGAGAAAGCAAAUACAAAUCCACCACAACAGUCUCCACAUCAUCCCCACUACAAUAUUAACAUGCAGGUAAGGUUUAACUUUUUUUUGGAUUUUUGAAGUUUAGGUAAUAAUAAUGGAAGAAACUGAUCUGAACUUGAAUUUUAUGAAAUAAAAUGACCUUUUUAGGGUUUGGAAAGUAAGAUUAGAAUAAGAUUGGAAGGAUAGGACGGGAUUGGGUAGGGUGGGGUAAAGUAGAGUAAAUUAGGGUAGGGCAGGGUAAGGUCAAGUAGAGUAAAAUGAGGUAAUUAGGGGUGAAAAAAGUGCUAAAAAUGGUUGUUUUUGAAAAUUUCAGGCCAUAACAUUUUAAAAACCAGUUGAAAUUUAUAAUUUUUGGCUUUUUUUGGGUAACAAAUCUUGAAAAAAAAAUGAAUUUUGAAAAAGUGUGAAGGACAAUAUUGAUCAGAACUUAAAAUAUAAGCAAUUUUAGGUAACAUUUGUUGAGUUUUUUAAACUUAAGUAAAAUUUUGAAAAUUUAGGUAACUUUUUUUUCAAUUUUUGGAAAUUUUAAGCAACAAUUUAAACUUUUUUGAUAAUUUAGGUAACGCUUUCGAAGUUUCUCAAAUUUAGGUAAAAUUUUUCAAUUUUAGUAAAAUUUAGGUAACAUUUUUUGAAAAUUUUAAAAUUUAGGUAAUAUUUUUGAAAAAUUGUCACAAAAGUGUCGUUUUUAACAAUAUAUUGACCAUUUCAAAAAUAUUUUCAAAUACGCCUUCAAAAUUAGCUCCACAUGCAUUUUGGUUUCUCGAAAAAGCAGCGUUUUCAUACCUAAAAAAUUCGCUUCGAAUCCUAUUUCUCUGCCCCUCUCUCGAAACCCAACCAUUCCUCGCUCUCUAACUCACUCCACGUUACGCCCGCUCUCUCGCUAGCCACUUGCAUAAUAACGCGGUUAGCUGCUGCUUCCAUUUGGCUGAGCGCGGUCGAAAAUUGGAAGCGUUCACUAUAUUUUGAGAACAACGUUUCUUGACCAAUGUUUUGGCAAAGUUUGGCCAAAAUGGAGUCAAUAAUGGUCGGUUUUGAAUGGCUUGAGGGGAGGGGGAGAGGGAGGGGUAAAAGUGGGAGUUGGUGGGAGAAAAAAUCGAUUUUUUGAGAGGUUUUAAGGGGUGAAAAUGAGCUUUUUUAAUGAGUUUUUAGGCUUGAAAAUGAAUUUUUUAGGUCGGAUAGGGUUGUGAAUUGAAUUGCCUAAGGGCUAUAAGUUUAAAAAUGAUGUUUCUUAUGAAUUCUAGGCUUAAAAAUGACUCUUCUUAUGAAUUCUAGGCUUAAAAAGGACUCUUCUUAUGAAUUCUAGGCUUAAAAAUGACUCUUCUUAUGAAUUCUAGGCUUAAAAAGGACUCUUUUUAUGAAUUCUAGGCUUAAAAAUGACUCUUAUGAGUUUUAGGCUUGAAAAGGGCUCUUAUUAUGAGUUCUAGGCUUAAAAAUGGCUCUUCUUGUGGAUUUUAGGCUUGAAAAUGAGCUUUUUAAUGAUUUUUUAGGUUUAAAAAGACUCUUAUUAUGCGUUAUAGGCUUAAAAAUGACCCUUCUUAUGAGUUUUAGGCUUGAAAAAGAGCUUUUUAAUGAUUUUUUAGGCUUAAAAAUGACUUUUCUUAUGAGUUUUGGGCUUAAAAAAGGACUCUUAUUAUGAGCUCUAGGCUUAAAAAUGACUCUUGUUGUAGAUUUUAGGCUUAAAAAUGAGUUUUUUGUGUGUUUUAGGCAUAAAAAAGCUUUUUUAAAUUUUAAACUCUUAUCAUUUCAGCGGCCAAUGCCCGCAGGCCAACCGCCAAUGAUGAUGGCCCAACAACCCCCUCAACCCCAACAGUACCCACCCUCAGCCAACGCUCAUCUCUUAAAGCCGGUACAACGCGAAGCAGUGGACAAACUAGUCGGGGUACCAACAGAACUAGUACCGCCCAGUGUGAUGCCACAGAGACGCGACUUCUUCGAACAACUCGUACUGUUAAACGAACAACACAAUGAAACACUCACAGCACCGCCUCAGGUCUCGAAAAGCCCGGUCGAUCUGCAUCGACUGUACAUAGCGGUCAGGAAGGCCGGAGGGUUCAAAAAGGUAAAAUUUUCAUUUUUUGGUUUGAAUUUUAGACUUUUGGGGCAUUUUGUGAAACCUAUGGAGUUUGCUGUACCUUUUAAACCUAAUUUCCUACCAUUUCCAAUACGUUUUUAAUUAAAAAUGGCACAAAAUCCAAACCCACCUCUAAUAUUCACCAUCCUUCAGGUGUGCGACGACAAAUCCUGGAAAGGCCUAUGCCGCGAAGCCAACCCAUCAAUGACCGAGUCCUCGGCAGCUGGCUACCAACUCCGAAGGCAUUACCAAAAAUACCUGCUAGCGUUGGAGUGUCGCGAGACUGGAGCCGACAUGAGCGAACUCAUCGCAUAUGCCGAGAAGUUGAAGAAGAAGAAAAAAGAGAAGGAGCCGGUACCAGGUGGGCCAAGCUCAGUAGGCCAGCCAGGUCAACCAGGCACUCCAGCACCCGCUCACAAUCCACCAACUCCAAACUCCAUCAGAUCGGCCGUAACACCAACUCCAGCCGCUGCAACUCCAGGCCCGCCAGCUCAAGCUACACCGGUUUCGGCCGCGGCAGCAGGUAGGUUUAUAUUUAUUCUAAAAAUUUUUUGGUUAAAACGGGUGUUAAAUUAAACUUUAAAACCGCUCGCAAAAGACAUUAUUUAUGAAUAAUAUGUAUUACUAGGGCCUUUGUUGAAAGUUUUGUCAACAAGUUUUGUUGUUUUGAAAGGUGGUCAAUAAGUUAUGGCACAAAAUCAAUUUUUGAAAAAAUUUGAAAUUUUGGAUUUUUUUCGUAUAAAACAUUAUAUUUUUGACCAAAAACGAAACGUUUAAGUUAACUGUGACAACGGGUUAAAGGGUUAAUAUGACUGUCGCCAAAGUUAAUAAUAAUUGGUUACUAUGGUGAAGAGAUACGUAGUGUUUUGACAAAUACAUAUUGAGUAUGGUGAAGACGAAGGUCUUGGAAGAAUUUAGUGAGGGGAGGUAAAAUACGGCGCAGGUGACUAUAGGUGCUCAUGAAAACGCGUAGAAAUAUGACCUUAAAAAACAUAGAAUUUGAUUUAAAGUUGUUGUCACCAUGCCUAUAAUGGCUAUCACAACCCCUAAAAAGGCUAAGGUUAUCAAACCUGUAAUUCACCAGACCAGGGACGUCGCAAGGUGAAUCCACCAUUAUUGAGGAGGGGCCCCUAG